AUGUCUUUCCAAACGAAACCAAGCUUCAUCCACCACGGCACCUGGGAUGAAUCAACCCGCUCCCACCCCGCCAUGAAAUGGAUGGAAGACUACGCUAACGCCGUCGACGCCCACAAAGCAUUCGACAACGAGCCCUACUCUAAUUGGUUUUCAUCCUCGCACAUCCUCACCAAAUCCACGGGCGAAACCAUCUCCGGCGGCGCCGCCUCCUGGACAACACUCGCCAAAGAGCUCUACGCGCCCUUCAUCUCGCAUCUGCACGACCCGUUUCUCCUCGUAUGCUGGGAAAACGAGGAAGGCUGGGAAAUGUUUGGCGCCGCGACGCUGUAUUGGAAUUUGGCUGUUAGCGGAGAUGGGCAGAAGGUGAAGGACCGCAAGGGUAGGGAGUGGGAUGGCGCGGUCCCAGCAAGCUAUAAGUUUACCCAAUGUAUCAAGCACCAAACCGCUUGCCGCUAUUCAGAGACGGAAGCGAGGGUCGUUAGAAAAAGGUACGAAGACCUCAAAACUCGCAUGACGGCUCACGAAGAGCUUUUUGAACUUUUGCGAUCUAUGCCCGAACCAGAAGCGAAAGAAGUGUUUCAACGUGCUCGAUCCGGUGUUAAGAUCGAAGAGAUCCUUGCUCAUGUCAAGAACGGAAGUCUACUUAUGCAGCUGGCCGUCGCACCUGAGACCAACCGCCGCUACGAAUUUCCAUAUCGCUCAGAGAUGCCGAUGCAUCUGCUCGUUCCAGACAACCAAUACUUGGAUUCUAUAGUGUACGGCUCCUUGUCGGGUCUGUACCGAUCGGACCAUACUGUAUCCUCACGCCAUCUAGGUGCGUCGUGUGGUACUGUUCAGAUUGUACAGGACCCGUACCUGAAGCCUAUCCAUGCAGCAGAACUUGACGAUCCAUUGUUGUCACAAGUAUCGGCCUCGAAAUGGACUAAUGUCAUCUCAAAUGAUGUACUUUUUCGAAGGCUGUUGAGUAAUUAUUUCCUUUAUUGUCACCCACUCCUAUACUGUUUCCACAUGAAGUAUUUCCUGCGAGAUAUGGUCGCCGGACAAACUCGAUUCUGUUCGUCCCUCUUAGUGAACGCUGUACUUGGUGCUGCUUAUCAAACAUAUGGCGCAGACCCUGACCGAUCCAAGCAUUGGCUGCCGGAUAACCUUGGAUACAAGUUCCUUGCUGAGGCGAAGCGGCUGUGGGAAUUGGAGACAGCUGAUAACGUUCAACUCACAACAAUACAAGCUGCGAUAGUCAUACAUCUGAUCUGCGACUUGAUCGGUGUGGACCACGUCGGCAACGCCUUCACUCAACAAGCAAUUGCCAUGUCGCAGGAGAUCAAUCUGUUCAAAAGUCCAACCCACAUCAAAAGUAAGAGGAUGCGGAAUGCACGUAUACUGUCGGCAUGGGGGCUUUUUGACUGGUGUUUGUUUGAAGCAUAUCACAUGUUCCGAAUGCCGUUAUUAAAGGACCCACCUGAGAUGCCAUUUCCGGAUCCCUUGACAAACCCGGGCUUCCAUGAUGAGAUGUGGCUACGUUACCCACUCGCCACGUCGACAGUGCCUGCCUAUUACGCUCACACUAUCACCGCAAGGAGACAUCUCAGUCAGAUCAAGAACGAUGUUGUUUACAAAGUUCGAAGUCGGAAUGGAUUUGAAGAUCCGCUUCUAUUCAGUACCAUACUGCAAAUAGAAAACAGACUGAAGAAUUGGUUUCAGAACCUGCCGCCGGCUAUGCAGGCGAGGAACAUCGUUUUUCCACCGCAGCUAGAAGUUCACCUUGAAUAUCACAGCAUCAUUGUCGAGCUGUUCCGACGAGGCAGAACCGGGGCAGAUAGAUCCCUGUCCGCGAGGAGGAUUCUCGAAUCGAACAUUCGAAUGGAGACCAUCCUGCGAAUUUAUUACCUCCGUCAUAGCUUCGACAGCUUCACUAAUACCAUGAUGGUCUUCAUGGUCUACAUUGGCAACUUGGCUCUCGAAGGCCUAAGCAGCAAUCAGCUGGACAACGCUAGCAUUGAAGCCCUCCGAUCAACCCUCAUUCUGUGCGUCAAUGGUCUGAAAAGCUAUGGGAAAGCAUUCCACGUCUCGAAGCUCGCUUAUUAUGCUUUAAGCAUGCGAAUGUCUCCGCGUGACUUACGACUGCUGCAGGCGUAUUCUGGCCCAGAAGACAAUGCUGUAGACGAGCAAGCAUUAAUAAGCCAUGUUCAUAGGUAUGCGUCUCCUGGCCUAUCCCUAUCUUCAACGUCAAAGAUGAGGACCCCGAGAAAGCGAGGUUAA